UUUAGAAAUUAGAACGGCAUUUGCUUGGUCUACAAGAAUCUUGACAAGUGAAGGAGUCACGAAAGUGAAAGCAGGUGCCCCGAAACCACAAUUCCAAGUCCAAAAACAACAACGGAAGACGUCUCCUCCGCAAAUCCCCCCUCGGCAGCCAUUCAGAUAAAAGCAACACUUUGGCCACCGCUCAAAUAAACACCACCAUAGACCGCAGCCCUCAAAACAUUUCUCCGACCAUGCUGAAGAAGGUCCAAGUUAUCUCCAAAGAAACCAUCAAACCAUCCUCCCCAACUCCCCAAAACCUCCACUCCCUACAACUCUCUCUCCUCGACCAAAUAGCACCUCAAAUCUACAACCACCUCCUCCUCUUCUACUCCAAGAAUCCACCACAAGCACUCACUCAACUGAAGUCAUCCCUCUCCAAAACCUUGACAUGCUUCUAUCCAUUAGCUGGAAGGAUCAAAGAAUCCAAGGAUGAUAACACUCUCUACGUCGAGUGCAAUGAUGAGGGUGUGGAGUUCAUCCAAGCCCGAGCAGAGGCCGAGCUCGACUCGGUCCUCCUCCAACCUCCGAUCGACCAAUUCAGCGAGCUCCUACCGAUCAGAGCAAGCGACUUCCGAUAUGGUGAUCCCCUCUUGCGGUGCAGCUCACUUGGUUCGAACGUCGUGGCUUCGCGCGGCUUGUCCAUGUCCCACCUCAUCGCCGACGGCGCCUCCAUGGCCAUGUUCCUCAACCGCUGGGCCGACGUCGCCCGCGGACUCGACUUGCGCCCCGCUCCCCGGUUCGACUCCAUGGCCACGUUCCCUCCUCGGCCUCAGUUCAUCGACCAAGCACCGAAGCGAGCACAGCCCGCGAGCGGGCAACCUGCUGCAGCUAUAAGGAGGUUCGUGAUGAGCUCGAGAGCGAUAGCGAGGCUGAGAGGCGGCAGCUACGACCGAGUGCAUGCGCCGACGCGCGUCGAGGCGGUGUCGGCGCUCGUCUUGCGGUGCCUCGUGCGAGCGCGAGGGAAGAAGCGACCGGUCGCUAAGCACUCCGUGAACCUGCGCAGGAAGCUAUCGCCACCUUUGUCGGAUGAAUCCUUCGGGAAUAUGUGGAUCAGCGUGGCCGCGGUGGGGAAGUUGGCCGUAGGAGAUGGGUGCGAUGAUGGAGGCGGGCAGGGGCUCUUGGAGGAGGCUCUGAGGAAUGGGGUGAGAAAGGUGGAUGAAGAGUAUGUAAGGAGGAAAGCUGAGGAGAAGUGGCUGGGGAGGGAUGGGAUGGAUGGAGUGGUGGUGGGGGAGAGCGAGACUUGGAUAUUUAGUAGUUGGUGCAGGAUGCCUUGGUAUCAGACUGACUUUGGAUGGGGAGAGCCAGAGUGGUUGGGAUGUGGGAUCCGUGAUAUGAAGGAUGUUUGUAUACUAGUAGAUACCAAGGAUGGGGAUGGAAUGGAGGUUUGGUUGUGGUUGAGAGCAGAGGAGAUGGAGAAGGUGGCGAGGGAUCCUGAAUUCCUCGACUUCAUCUCCUCUUAAAUUACAGCCGGCACCAAAUGUUUGCUAGCUGCAGGAAGAUUAAGAUGAUAGAUAUGCUGUAAGAAAGAUGAUAGAUAUGUUCUUCGAUAUUUCAUCAUUAGCUCGGAGCUUCAAUUGUGCAAUUAAAUGGCUUAGAGACAUCAAGAAUGCAUGUUAUCAGAACAGAGGCAUGGAGAAGAACAAGAUGCCAAGAAGGAGACAGAAAAUUGUGUAUUUGAUACUAUGCUUCAGUUUGUGAACAAUAUGAAAACUAAUUGAAUGCCAUAUGCUUGGACAAUCAUCUUUGUUAUAUGACAACUGCAAUUAUAUGGCGAGUGGAAUGGACCAAGCUGAGGCAUCUCAUCCGGGUUAACUUGGUUAUACCUAAGAAAACACAUAUGGCACCAUUUCACUGAAGCAACUGGUCUCUUCUUCUUCUUCUUCUUCUUCUUCUUCUUUUACCCCUUGACAAUCUUCUAAUAUUUUUCAUGUUCCAGCACAGAACAAAUUUCAAUAAAACAUGAGAGAAAUUCUCUCUCACAUACCUUUUUUUUUUUUUUGAUCCACA